GUGUCUGUUUUCGCUGAAAAAGGGGACUUGUGUUUUUCCACCUUCCCCGUCACUGCGCAGCUGUGUGCGUCUGGUAAUGGCGCGCUUAGUUUGAAUCAUAGAAGGGGAGGAAGUAGCGUACCGAAGAUGCAGAAAAACAUAAUUGAGAGAUGUGAAGAUGCUGUUUCUUCUCUUAAGCAAGAAAUUCAGGAGCUGAAGGAACAAUAUGAAGAAAAUCAAAGAGAGAUUGCCUUCCUGUCCGGUGCCAAUAUCAAGAAAGCAUUAGAGUCAUUUUAUGGAAAAAGGAUCAGUGAUGAUAGCACUAACAUGAGGACCGUACAGGCAAAGCUUGCUCAAUGUGAGCACGAAAUCCAAAUUUUCAAAAUGAUCACUGGGCUUGAGCUGACAAAAUACCUGAAGAAAACAGGGGAUAAAACUGAGAAGGGUAUCCUCUAUAGCCAUAAACUGGCGGGUCAGUGCGGUUUUCUGCCGUUUGAGAUGGAAUUUAGAACAUUGGAAGUUCAGACUGGAAGAUGCGAGGUCAUUCAUAUCAAUAUCCAUAUGGACUGCAAAGAGAAUUCAGAUUUAAUAAAUCUGGUAUCCCGAACACAGAAGUCAUUGAAUCUGCUGGGCUUUUUCCGUUCUCUUUCUACAUUUACAGAGUGGUGUGAAUAUCGCCAGAGUACAUUUUCUCAUUUUAAGGACAAGUAUCCACUCGCUGUUGGACUUCCUAUGGGACCUUCUGCAGAUUACAUGGUUCUGAUGAACCCAGCCCUCCCUGGGUGUGAAUUGCUACUUGUAUGGAAAAUAACUAUAAAUGAGGACGGAUCUGUGACACCAGUCUUGGAUUUAUUACCAAAGAUACCAGAACAAGCAACGGCUCUUGAUAAAACAGGAGUAGUGGAAGAUGCAGCUGUAAACUUCAAAACCCUGCUUCAAGCCUUUGGUCUUCAAGCAACCAUCGAGAACAUCAUUCAGUCAUUCUGCAUGAAGAAAGCCAGCAACUAGAAGAAAGUUCUCCCAACAUUUUAUUGAAUAUAAACCUUGUAGCUGCAUCUGCUUUAUAAACCAUAUACACAAGUCAUGCUCUAUGUACAGUAAAUAUGGCACAUUGUACAUCAUUUAUCAAGACAUGGAAAAUAAAUACAAUCUUUAAAUACUAAAAGGAGAAAAUACAGAAAAGCAACAUCCAAAUAAAUUCUACAUGGUUCAGAUGCCAGAGUCAGCAGAACGUGCACUCUCCAACACAUUUCUGGUAACAGUAAUCAGUCACAUUAGGUUUGGUGUUACUUGUGGAUCAAGUUACAAAAGGCAGUGAGGUACAUGAAAGGGUUCUGGAGCUACAGGGACACAGUCCAUUGGUGAUGGAAUUCCUCUGGUGCCCUCUCUCAUAAAGCAAAUGAGUAUAGAUUGGAGAUUUACUUACCAAUGGACCAGAAACCGAAAGGAUAAACUACUUUUAAAACUGCU